UCACUUACCCUACACUAUAAUUUUGAAAACACCACUCUAUGCUCAGAGACAAACACAGUCCCUCAUUACUCUCUAUCUCUCUAUCUCCUACAAGUAGACUUUAAGACAACUUUUGUCUCAGUGUUGAGUAAUGUAAAAUACCCAUCUGGUCAUUUAAUAAACACAAUCUCUUUCUCUCUCUCAUUCUCUAUUUAGAUAACUUAAAGCAGAGAGAUCCAUACAUCAUCAAUCAAACACAUUCAUCACUACUACAAUGGACUACGAAUACGGAGGAGGAGAGUACUGUCGGAGAGGACACGUACCAGCUUUUGGAAGCUGGGAUUGGAACGACGCCGUUCCUUUCACUCAGUGUUUCGAGACAGCAACUACUCAACAACCAGCUUUUCUUCACUACGCUCCUUACCCUCAAGAUCGUGAUCUUUACCUCGCCGGAGAUCUCUACGAUAAUCACCACCUUGUAGCUCCCGCCGUCAUCAUCGUCCCUCGUCGCCGGGCUAAAGUGGGUCAAGAACCGGUGGAGAAGAAGAGAAAUGUCUCCAAGGAGAACCACAGCUAUAAGACGGAGGCGCGUGAGUUUAACGCCCCGGUAAGCUGUCCAACACCGGUGGUGAAGCGGAGCAUGAAGGCACCGAAGCCUGUGGAUGAAGACUUGUACAAAGUCUCCCCACAACUUCUCUCAGUCAAAUCCAAAAGGAAAAGAGGAGGAGGUGGAUUUGGGUGCAUUUCAAGGUGUUUUUUGCCAACACGGGUGCUUUGAAGAAACAAGCGUGAGAGACUUGAGUCAGAACUACACUUUGUUUUUCUUUUUCUCUUCUUUAUCUAAUCCUAUUAUAUAUAUCAAAAGACUAUGCUUGUGAGAGUAUUAUGUAUGUAUUUAUUUAUGCGUAGGAAAAAAAGAAGAUGAAUUUCUAAAAGAUACUAGACCAAUGUAGCUUUUGGGAAAAGCUUAGCCAUAUUGUAUUAAUUAAACUAAAAAAAUUGAGACUUGGUUUUGCAAAUUCUGUAUUAUU